AUGUUGUUUUCUGCAAGAUUUAUGGCUUAUAAAGAGGAGAAGAAGACGAGCAUGCAUUUGGGCCGAAUACAACAAGGGAAAGAUGAGUCCUUGCGAAGCUAUGUUCGACGUUUCAACUUGGAGUCUGGACAGAUUCCAGACUUACCUGACGGUGUAGCCUUUGAUAAUUUCUUCAGGGGACUUAAGAAGGGGUCCUUUAAGUUCGACCUGGUUAAGAAAAGUGUUAGAACUAUGGCCGACGCUCUAGAUGAGGCCGAGUCCUUCAUUCAUGCCACUCAAAUCUGCUCCGUCCCUAAAGAGUCUAAGGGAACAGAGACCACUAACCAUCCGCAGCGAAAGGACAAAUCGGAUAAAAAGACCAGCCGUCCGAAUGGGACAUGGGCCAUUGAAAAGAAAGGUUAUCAGACAAAUCAGUCUCAAGGACUGAAGAGAGGACGUCCCUAUGAUAAAGAAAGAUUCGAGUACAACACUGACUUGUACACAAUACUUCUGGAUGUCAGUGAUGGAUAUGAGAUUGAUCGUCCGUUCCCCAUGAAGUCGCCGGUGGAAACUAGGGACAGCUCUCUUUACUGUAAGUUCCACUGUGAUGUAGGACACAAAACAAAAGAUUGCAAGAGUUUGUGGAGGGCUCUUGAUGGGUUAACCGCCAAGGGAUUCUUGAAGUCAUAUCUCAGUUCAAGUGCAGGAGGAAGUGGUAAGAAAUUCUACAAGAAAAGCAAGUCACCGUCAUAA